AUGCAGGACUCAACCACAGCCCUUGCUAUGGACGGUUACACCAGCAAUGUGCCGGCCUUUCUUACUAAGCUGUGGACUUUGGUUGAAGAUCCCGAGACCAACCACCUUAUCUGCUGGAAUACGAAUGGCACUAGCUUCCAUGUUUUCGAUCAGAGUCAGUUUGCCAAGGAAGUCCUGCCCAAAUAUUUCAAGCACAACAACAUGGCCAGUUUCGUCCGCCAGCUGAAUAUGUAUGGUUUUAGGAAAGUGGUGAACAUUGAACAAGGCGGACUUGUGAAACCGGAACGUGACGAUACGGAAUUCCAACAUCUUUAUUUCCUACAAGGCCAUGAACAUCUUUUGGAGCUGAUCAAAAGGAAGGUGUCUGUGGUGAAAAGUGAAGAAACCAAGAUGCGCCAAGAAGACCUCAGCAGACUCUUAUAUGAGAUCCAGGUCCUCAGGAACCAGCAGGAGAUGAUGGAGUGUCAAGUUCAGGAUGUGAAACAGCAGAACGAGGUUUUGUGGAAGGAAGUUCUGUGUCUCCGGCAAAACCAUUUGCAGCAUCAGAAAGUGAUCAAUAAGCUGAUUCAAUUUCUGUUUGGCCAGCUCCAGUCCAGUCCCAGCAGCCCUGGGAUAAAGAGAAAACGGCCUCUCAUGUUGGAUGAUGGCAACUCUGCCCCACAAGUGGCCAAAUUCAGAAGACCUCUCCCUUUGGAUCCCUUUCACGAGCCUUGCUACAUUCAGUCUCCAUCCGCAGAGCCUGCCUCCUGUUUAAACAGCCCUGUUCCGAGAGGAGCCAUCAUUUCUGAUGUUUCGGAAGCUGCCCAGCCCAGUCCGGUGGCUUUACAGCUGCCUCCCGACAGUGAGAGAACAGUCAUUCCUGAUCUCUGGGACGGGGCUGAUCUGAAUUUGGAAGGCUUUCAGAUCUUUCUAAGAAACCCACAGUACAGUCUGGAAACCAACAGAUCUUUGGAGGCUUUCAAUCCCAUGAUCCCAUCAAAUGAAUGGACUUUAAAUGACGUGGAGGCCGAUUUGCCUGGGUCUGCAGAUGCUCACUGUGGAACAACUGGAGAAGAACAUAAAUAAGAAGUCCUCCUGAGGACCAGAGCCUCAUCAUCAGUACUCUUGCCUGGGAGCUGAAUAUUUACAUCUGGAAAACAUGGCUUUGUCUGCUGGCUUUGUCUGGGAUUCCGGUGACAGACAGACACACACAUUUCACAAGGAAAGACUAUUUUUCCAACAUAACUCUUGUGCUGCUAUUUUGACCAGUUCAGGACACUCUUUUUCGAAUGGAGAGCUCCAUGCGUUCAACUGGUUUUUUGUUUUUUUUUGGGGGGGGGGAGGCCAUGCAUUCAACUGGUUUGUUCUGCAUAUUCUCACAGUCUCCUG